GGUAUACCAUUUAAAAAGAUAAUUUUUAAGAUGCAGCAAAUGUGACAUUUAUUUUGAACACAGCAGCGGGGAGUCGGCAGUCUGAGCGCAUGGUGAAGAAAGGCGGCUGAUAGUGACAGUGACGGUUAUUAACGACAUAGCGCCAUGUCACCAAAGAUAUUAAAUAGCUAUAUUAACGUACUACGCUCUGGUCUGCUGUGAUAAAAUUAUUAAAUGAAUUGUGUUUCACAGGUCCAGUGUCCUUAGCUGCUGUUUCCCUGUAGGCUAAUUCUGAGAUCUGGCCCCGUCACAAUGAAUGCGAGGAACAGGCCCAUACCCAGCCAGGUGUGCUGCCCGACGUCCUUCUCUCGACAGCCUCCUCGCAUCAUGAUUGUUGACGUGUCCCCCCCUGGGUGGCUGUGCAUCAGUACUAGCCUCUGCGAGGCACUGGACAACUUCCUGGCCCUGACGUGUAGCCUGGAGGGACCCUGCCGCUUGACGCUGCUCAGCCUCUAUGCACUUAACAACGAGCUGGAGUGUCUGCUGCCCUUCGUGCAGGUGAAGGGAAACCUGAGUCGUUUGCGUUCCUGCGUGGAGGAGCUUCGCGACACGCCCGGGGAGGGCUGCAUCCACCCGCCCAGCGCACUGUUCAGUCAGGCUGUAAAAGACAGCCUGCUUCAGUUCAAGCAGUACAUACGUCACGUACCUGCUGCCUGCCACGCCGGCAACAGCUGCAUCGAGGUGGCGAUCUUCACCAGCCAGCCAGGCCAGGCUGUGGUAAAGCAGCUUGAGGCAGGACUGAAGGACACAGACCUGGGGAGCCUUCAGCGCCUGUUGGUAGUCCAUAUCAGCACACGCCGUAUCCCGUCUGAGGACAGCAAUGACUGCAGUUUCACAGCAUCAGGCUCCACCGGCCUAGGUGACCUUGAAGAAAUCCCAGUGCUGGCUGCAGAGAUAGAGUUGCAGCAGGUGGACAACGACAGCAUCUCUCUGGAGAGCGUCUUUAAGACAUGGCUACAUGACCAAGGGGGCCAACGAGAGCACCUGCACCUGCUGCUCCCACCAGCCCUGCAGGGCUCUGCUUCCCACCCGGUCUGUUUGAAGUGUGACAUGCAGGAGAGACUACUGAGUCCCGCUCUACUGCCUGGCGUUCUGGAUCUUGGUGCCAAGACCGAGAGCAUCCGGGACUUCUCAUUGCCAGUAAAAGACCCAGCCAGUCACAGCGUGUUCCCGCACCAGCUGACCGUCAUCAAAGCUCUGAAAUCAGAAGGGGUGUGUCAGUCGGUGCUCUAUGGCCUGCCCCUCAUCAUCCGCCCCACCAGCUGCUGCCAUCUUGAUUGGGAUGAGAUGGAAAUGAACCACCACCACUUCCACGCACUCUGCCACACGCUCAGGAGUCGCGAUUGGUUUCUGCUGGCACGGCAUGAGCCGCCUCCUGGCGCCGGUGCUGACGUGGCUGCGUUUUCCCACUACGUACUCCAGCCGUCCGCCUCCCUCUCACUGCUGCUCAAGCCUGUGGCCGGCCGGGAGCUGCUGCUGCCCUGCCACAUGCCGGUGUCCAGCGAGGACUCCCCUGAUGGCCCUCUCGCCACCAUACAGAACUCUCUAGCACAGCUGGAAGAGGAUCCGGUGUUUAAUCCUCUUUGCCUGAAGACCAACCUUUACCAGCAGUUGCGAGUCCUCCAAAUGCGCAGAUCGCACCCGUACACUUUGCAGCGCAGGGACCAGCCCUGGCCACCAGAACGGCCGGUCAAACCGGUCCGCCUUACAGGGACAGGAGGAAGAGCAGAGAAGGGCAGAACUAAGGCGACUGUGGCGCCCCUCCAGUUUGCAUCUGCCCCAAAGCCUUUUUAGUUCUGGCUAUGAAUGGUGGCGGUGCCCUGCAUCUCUGCUCCAACAAACAUGGCGACCUGCCAGCGCCCUUAGGACACUGUAACCAGCCAGAUGUCCAGCCCUGUGAUGUCAGUCUCUGUUUCUUCCUUACCAGCUACUCUAGAAGGCCAGUCAUACUUCACUCUUGAAAUACCACUUUUCUAAAAAUAUAUGCAUAUUUUAUUUCAGCUGUUUAUUGUUUGGAUUUUUGUUUUCAUAUAAGUCCCCAGGUUCCUGACUUUCAUGGCCAGAAUCUACUCGUCAGUUCAUAUUUACUAUAAAUAAAAUAUUAAUUAUUCUUUUUUCUUUUGCAUAUUUCCUUCUUUGUGAAGACUCACUAAUUCUGCCUUACUAUGUCAUUCAUUUAAAUCUUUUAUGAGGCAGACAGUUUUAACAAGUUGCCACAUUGUAUUAAGAUCCUUGUUAAAGUCAGUUCUCACAAUAUAUCUAAACAAGCUGAAUUACAGAGAACACUUGACUACAGAGUUUCCAUAUUACACAGAGCACUUGAGGGUGUAUGAAAAGGGCUGCGAGAGCAGUUUUGCUUUUUGCAGACUCCUUAAAAUUCAGUUACAGUCCUGAUCUGGCAGAGAUCAGAGGAAGGUUACUAGGAGAUGCGUGAGUAGGGUAAUUGUCUUCGCCCAGAUCCGACAAAUACUCCCGCAGGAAUUUACUGCGUAAUAAUGCAGGACUUAAUCAUCAUAUAUCACGUGAAACACGAGGAUGGAGUGAAGAUUGGUGUGUAGGAUUCCAAAUUAGAAACAGUUCUAAAUUUUUAAGAACUAGGAAUUUGAUAGGACAUUUGAAUCAUGAUUCCACAUACCGAUUCCUACACGUGUAUCAACUGUGUAACGGCUUGGGCAGUAAAAUGGCAGCAGAGCAUACUGCGAUAUUUCCUUGAAACUGUAUCUUGGUUUUUCUAAUUAGAGUGCAUUGUCUGAACAGUAUCAAAAAUUAGACCCAUGCUACCAUUUUUAAUUCGAAAAUACUCUGUUGCUAAGACUGCAAGCCAGGUGUUAGUUUGGAAAUAAGCCUGCUGCUAAACCCAAAGGUUAAUUUAGUUUUAUGUACCUCCUGGAAUUAAGCUGCUGUAUGAAUAAAACUAGACGUAUUUACCGUUUAAUGAUUAUUAAACUGGAUCUGCGUACUGGAUCUCCAGUUUAGGGAAAUUAAACUGAAAAGUAAAGUGCUACUGAUACCAGUGGCAAACUGGCAUCCAAGAUUCAGAGUGUGGUUGUUAAUCUUAUUUAUUUGAUCUUGAAACACCAUGUUUUUGUUUUAAGUUAGGGAAAUGACCUGUUGUAAAAGUUGCAGCUGACUUCUUUAAAGAAAAUAAAUGCAGUGUUUUGUUUCUGAAACAUCUUGACAUUUUUUUUGUGUGUGUAUCGUAAUCAGAACCAAGAAUCGGUCAGAACCAGAUUCAAUGUGCAGAAUCAGAAUCAGAUUUGGAAUUGAUAAAAUCUAAAUGAUACCCAGCGCUUCCAGUAUGUGUGUAUGCGCGAGACAGAGGGUGAUUAGAGUGGCGAGCUAACGCGAGGCUGUCAUCGUCAUAGCAACGUGGGCUGGGGGCAGUUCUUCACAGGAUGUCCUCUAACUCGUGCUUGGCCAUUGGAUGACAGUAGCACCAUUUUUUUUCUAUUAAAGCACCAUUUCACUCUGUGAUUUUUCCUUUGAAAUAAAACAUCAUAUUGUUA